GCCUGCCCAAAUUAAGCAGUUUUUAGAGCCUGGACARGCAGCUCAGGUGGAAUCAGCUUUGACAUGUCUGUGCUCUGACUGCAAACAAGCCAACUCCACGUGUGAGACGGACGGCGCCUGCAUGGUCUCRGUCUUCAACCUGGAUGGUGUCAAACACCACGUUCGGACCUGCAUUCCUCAGGCAAAAUUGAUUCCUGCUGGGAAACCCUUCUAUUGUCUGAGUUCAGAGGAUCUGCGUAAUACUCACUGCUGCUACUCCGAUUUUUGCAACAAAAUUGAUUUAAUGGUUCCCAGCGGACACCUGAAAGACAAUGAGCCCCCAUCAAGCUGGGGUCCCGUGGAGCUGGUGGCGGUGAUUGCCGGGCCCGUCUUCCUCGUGUUUGUUGUGAUGAUCAUCGURGUUUUUGUUUUCCAUCACCACCAACGAGUCUAUCACAACCGCCAGCGGCUGGACAUGGAAGACCCUUCUUGUGAAAUGUGCCUUUCCAAGGAUAAGACUUUGCAAGAUCUGGUCUACGAUCUCUCCACCUCCGGCUCUGGCUCAGGAUUGCCUCUGUUUGUCCAACGGACCGUGGCUCGGACCAUUGUCCUUCAGGARAUCAUCGGCAAAGGCCGUUUUGGGGAGGUGUGGCGGGGCAGGUGGCGUGGAGGUGACGUGGCAGUGAAAAUCUUCUCUUCACGUGAGGARCGCUCGUGGUUCAGGGAAGCAGAGAUUUAUCAAACCGUUAUGCUGCGCCACGAGAACAUCCUGGGCUUUAUUGCUGCAGAUAACAAAGAUAACGGGACRUGGACUCARCUSUGGCUCGUCUCCGACUACCACGAGCACGGCUCUCUCUUUGACUACCUAAAUCGCUACACGGUGACCAUCGAGGGCAUGAUCAAGCUUGCCCUUUCUGCUGCCAGCGGGCUGGCCCACCUGCACAUGGAGAUUGUGGGCACUCAGGGAAAACCCGGGAUAGCUCACAGAGACCUGAAAUCCAAAAAYAUUUUGGUGAAGAAGAACGGCACGUGUGCCAUCGCUGACCUUGGCCUGGCUGUCCGGCACGACUCUGUCACCGACACCAUUGACAUCGCGCCCAACCAAAGGGUUGGAACCAAACGAUACAUGGCCCCAGAAGUCUUGGAUGAAACCAUCAACAUGAAGCAUUUUGAUUCAUUUAAAUGUGCCGAUAUCUACGCCUURGGCUUGGUCUACUGGGAGAUUGCUCGAAGGUGCAACGCAGGAGGUAUCCAUGAGGAGUAUCAGCUUCCCUACUACGACCUUGUACCCUCUGAUCCUUCCAUUGAGGAGAUGCGGAAGGUCGUKUGUGACCAGAAAUUACGGCCAAACAUCCCAAACUGGUGGCAGAGCUACGAGGCACUGCGGGUGAUGGGCAAGAUGAUGCGAGAGUGCUGGUACGCCAACGGAGCGGCUCGGCUCACCGCCCUCCGCAUCAAGAAAACCCUCUCGCAGCUCAGCGUCCAGGAAGAUGUGAAAAUUUAGGCUCUGAGCCUCAGCAGGAGGAAACUGCACAGGAGCUGCUGUGCUAGAGUAGACGUGUGAUGGAGGCCUACCUCGUGUUUCAGCCCAACUUACUGCUACAACCAGACAGCGGGACCUGCAGGCUGCUAGGCAGGGGGACGGAGCCUUAGGAAGCGCUCUCUUCCCUGCUUGGGUAUGAAACAAUCCGAAAAACCUUUUGUGAUCACCUCCUGAGAGCGUGGAGACUUGAGAAGGGACUUCACCCGAGGGAUCUCAGCCAUGAUCGUAACUUCUUUGUUCUUUUCAAGGAAAUUCCUGUAAAGUUCAGCGUGUGUUGAGCACCCGUCGGGGUGCUCGGUGCUGGGAGCGGGAAGGGAAAAGGGAAGGUUUUUCUUGCAGUUCUCUCGAGGAUUUUUUUUUUCCAGGGACUGGCACGUCGAUGCAGAAAAAGCAAAACAAAUGGUGCUCUCUUCCGAGAGGCUGAGCCGGAACAGUUGAUCAGCUUCACAAAAAAAACAAACAAAAAACCGUUUUUCCCUCCUUUUCUCAAGCUUGAAACGAGUCCAAGUCGGCGCCGGUCGGUGUCUGCAUGCGCGAGGUGCGCGUGUCCCCGUGCCUGGUCAUCUCCUCCAUAGCCGUGUGCGGUGUCUGCCUGUGGGUGGYUCAUCUCUGUCCGUGCUUCCUGUGCAUGUGCAAAUCUCCAAGUGUCCCGUUUGUGAGCUGUUUUUUGCGCUGGUGCUCUCUCUCUCUUCUCUCUCUCUAUCUCUCCGUGCUGAGUUUGUGAGCGUCGUGGAGCUUGGACAGGCUGCUGCAGAGCGGAUGAUCCGCGGCUUCCUCCGCCGCCGGCUGCCAGAACGUCCCCAUCAGGUUGCCUCACUGCCACCCCCUUCCCUUUUUUUAAGACAAAAUAAGGAACUGAGAAUCACUCCUGGAAUCCAGGUUUUUGGUUUUUUUUUGUCUUGAGCCCCUGGGGUUUGUAAUUUUUGGUCGCAGGGAGCUGAGAUGUGUCAGAGGUGGAGCAGGCGCGUGGGGAAAUGCAGGACUCAGUUUCCCUGGGAACACAAUUCCCAAAUCCACCAUCCAGGCAGAUUUUUGGGGGCCUGAUGAUYUGGGUGCUGGGGGUGCUCUGCACCUCCCAGAAACACCAGGCAGGACCUGACAUCAAGUGUGGGUUGGCAAAUCAACAUCCAUCUUUUUAAUAUAGAUGUAUAAAUAUCUCCUAAUGUGGAAGUGGCUGUGUCUCAGUGUGGGGUGGGGGGAUCUGCAUGGGUUUUUUUUUUUGAUUCAGGUGGGGUGACUACAGCAACCAUGGAAUUGAGGGCUGUGGCUGCCAUGAUGGCUUUGGCAGUCCAAAAGAGCCGUGGUGUGGAGGUCAGAUCAGUGUCUGCAUAGAGAACUCUGAAGCCAUAACUUUUAACUGGAGUGGUUUUGAUUAUUAUUUUUUUAAUUAUUAUUAUUAUUAUUGUUGUUGUUUUUCUGGGAGGGUCUGGAUUUUAACUUUUUUGAAUAUUGUUAAUUCUUUCUAAGAGCAGAAAAACAAUCUCUGAUUAUUACCUCUUGACCUGUUGGUUUGUAAGGAAAUCACUGCAAAAAAAAAAAAAAAAAAAAAAAAAAAAAAAAGGAAAAAAAACCAAAUGCACAGCUCGAUUUACACUGGAACUGUUUUUACUCUGACCUUGCUCCUGCUCUCUUAAGGUGAGGUUUCAUCUCUGCUCUGGCUGCCAGGGUUAAGUCUUUAUUUCAAUCCCUCUGUUCUUGCUGUCUGUGUCCCUGUCCGUGUGUCCGUCUCCCCCAAUUCCCUGUGUGUUCAUGACCUUGUAUAAAUGAGGAGUGUGGUUUUUUUGAAUCAUGUUAGGAGCCGUUUUUGCAUCCCCCGAGGAGUUUUUUGGCGAUGUGGAUCUCACYGAGCGGGACAGGGAUGCCCUGUCCCAAUUUCAGAGGUCCCCAGUGUCCCUUAAACCUUUAUUUAGUGACCCAAGGGUGUGGUGGCCACUUCCAGGUGGUCCUGAGGAUUUUAGAACAGUCCUUGGGAGCUGGGGGAAGGACAGGAUGGACAGGAAGGGACAAUCACCCACCCAUGGGUGCUGCAGGAUUCCCGAGGAUGCCGUGAGCUCCCCAACUUGCACUGACCCCCCUUUUCUCCAACUGUAGCCACACAUGCACCUGCCUCAGCGCCAAAACCAAACAGCCACGAGCCACGAGGAAAGGAUUUUAGGAAAAAAAAAAAAAAAAAAAAACCUCGUUUCUAGAGAGAGAUGGGGAAAAAACCGAGCGGGAUCCGCGGCAGGAACGCUGACCAUGUAGCAUUUACACAGCACUUUUCACGCAAACCGGUGCCCAGGGGUGUGCCCAGUGCUUGCAGAGCUGCCCGGCUCCAAAACUUUUGCAGAGGUUUUGGGGGAAAAAAAGCAGAAUUCCAGGCAGUUCUGAGGGGAGCCCGGUGYAGGAUGAGGAAAAGGGGGGGGUUCAUCAGCGGUACGUGGCUGCAGGACAGAACUCUUGGUACUUCUCUUGCCCCUUUUGAUUUGUUUGGUUUUGUACAUUUUCUUAGCAAAGGACUGUAAGAAAAUAGCCACUUAGCCACUUUACCUCUUCAGUAUGCAAAUGUACAUACGGUGUAAGAUAGGAAAUCUUUUGUUUAAUAUAAAACCAGGCUGUCGAUUUCUGCUGUACAUUAUUAAAAGUUUGUUUUAUUCA